AGGACAUAUGGCAGCAAGAGGUUCAUUGGCCGGGCACGACGACGAUGGCAUGCGCUCCCUCUUCACACCUGGUACAUAUGGAUGUUCUGGCUGGUAUCUGGUACCUCGGAUACCAGCUGGUAUCUAGGUAUCAGACCUUGGUACCUGGCACUAUAUAUUAUCAGAAACCUCUAUUCUCCUCUUUAAAGAAAAUAUCAUAUUUUUAGAUAAAAAAUAUCUAUUUUCAGUGAUAUUUCUAGAAGAAAGAAGUGAAAAAUCCUCACUUUGUUUUGAGUUUGGAGGGAGAGAGAGUAGAGGAAGGAAACCUCCCUCCGGAUCCAGGAAAUCCUCAUCCAUCCUCAUGACUUCCGACGAGCUCGCCGGUGAGGGUGAGGUCGACGGCGCGGAGCUGAUCCUGUCGCUGCCGGAGGACGUGCUCGGGCUCAUCUCCGCCCACCUCCGCCCGCGCGACCUCCUCGCCCUCUCCGCCGCCUCCCGCAGCCUCCGCAACGCCGUCUCCACCGCCGACAAGGCGUGGCUCGCCCAGUGCCGCCGCCUCCUCCCCACCGCCUCCCACCUCCUCGCCUGGCGCACCGCCCUCGCCCACUCCUCCCUCGCCGUCUGCCGCUUCCUCCACUCCGCCGCCCCGCUCCUCGGCCUCUGGGCCCACCAGAACCCCGAGCUCGGCAACCUCGUCCUCGCCCUCCCUGGCUUCCUCUCCCUCGUCGCCGUCCGCUCCAUCCCCCAGGAGCUCUCCCCGCGCCUCCUCUGGGCCCCCGUCUUCGAGCUCCUCGCCGACCACCGCGGCCACCCCGCCUUCCUCUUCCUCCACGGCGCCGCCCACGACUCCCUCUUCCCCGGCCUCCUCUCCUCCUCCCUCCACCCCCUCGCCAACACCCUCUUCCUCGAGGCCCACACCUCCACCUCCACCUCCCACUUCUCCCGCCUCGCCUUCGCCGACCGCCGCCGCCUCCUCAACGCCCUCGUCGCCGCCUCCCGCCUCACCCUCCCCCCCGAUGUCGCCACUGCCCCGCUCUUCGCGCGCUCCGACGCCGACCUCCCGCUGCUCGCCGCGCGCCGGGAGGCCAUGCUGCGCCUGCACAGCCAGUCUGGCGGGGGCAUGGUGCGCAGGGCCGAGAUCGAGGCGCUGCUGAUCGGGGCCAGGAAGACGGCGGCGCUGCCGGCCGACACCGCCGGCGACAAGAUGCGGCUGCGGAGGACCUUCUCGGUGGUCGCCGGUUUUGUCAGGAACAGCCUGCGGCAGAUGGUGACACGGUCGGCGUCCGCCAAUUCCAGGGCUGAGUACGCCCACCCCAAGCAUCUGCCAUUGGACGAGUUCCUGCGAGCCGGAGAGAGCGUCGGCCUGAGCCUCCGUGGCGCGCGGAUGAGGCUGUCUAUCUACCGGAAUUGGCCAAGCAUGCAUGACAACCGGUUUGUGCUCUACAAGCUGACGACGCAGGCGCCCAUGCCUGGCCGGGAGUAUGCCGGUUUGUGGGGAGGCACAUUCGGGUGGCCGCCAGGGCGGCCGGAGGAUGAGCGCAAACCUGGCAAGGCUCUCUUCUUCCUACUCCUCUCCUAUGAGGAGGACAGCGAAGGGAAGCUUCAGCUGAUUGCAACCAAGGUGUUGGAGGGUACACACUAUGUCGUGCAUCCGAAUGGGUCCUCUAUGUUUAUCGUGCGGGUCGGUGAGCCAUCCACUGAGACUUUUCCGUGGCAAACCGAUGAGGAGUCGCGUGCUGUGGAGAUCAAUAGAAGCUUUGCUGGUGAGGGCAUUGCCACCGGGUAUGGGUUCAGGUAUCCUGGCUCAAAGCCCGGAUCGCUCUUUGUCCUCCUGGAUGGCCGGCUUGCAUUUGUUUGGAGAGAGAACAAAGCUGUUCUCACCUUGCAAAGGCUGGACCUGGAGGAUAUGAUAAGGAGAGGGGAGCGUGUGCCUUCAUUGCCGCCGAUACCCAACUUCGCCUACCUCACAAAGUCUUACUCCAAUGUCUUUGCUGUGGCACCUGGCAGCACGAGCUUCCCAGCUUCUCCAAGGUCAUUGGAGGAUUCAGCCAGUUUUCUUUGACUGCAGCCACUUCUUAUCGACAGGAUUAAAGUGUCAAGCCUAAAUGUAGUGAUCUUAGUUCUGUUCCAUGCACGAUUUAGUUCUUCUUUGAAUGUAAAUUUUAAGGUGUCAGUAUUCAUGGUGAUGGAUAGAAAUACAUGCCCCAUCAUUCUAUACUGCUGUACAGCUGAAGGCUGUGCCCUCAGUACACGGCAAAAUACAUCAGUGCCUUUUCUCUGUACAUGGAAAAAAUACACGAGUAACUGGUAAUUUGCAUUUGUUCUGAAACAGUAGUCAGCAGUACUAAAUGACUAUAAAACAAGUGAUCACUGGUAAUAAAAACUUAAUGUACUAGUUUUUAUGUGGUUCUUGUUACACUACUGCUUUAUUGUAGAUUUAUAAUUAUAUACUAGCUAGCCUGUGCUGUACUGCUGUUAAUCACGUAUAAACUGAGUAAGGUCCAUAGGAUGAUCCAUGAAUCUCUGAGGAUUCUGCUUACCCCAUGCAAAAUAAGACUGUCUGCAUGAAGUUCUAUUAUCAUAUUAUACAGUUACCUCUUUGUGACCAGCCUGGAGUGUAAUCUGGACGACCAUGUAGAGCUCUUCCAUUUUUCUACGACUUAUGUGUGUGAUUUACAGAUUCUCAGAUAUUUGACCUGUACCCCUGUAAAAACAUGGCAGCUUCCUUCUAAGUUGUAACAAACAGUUUUGUGAAUAUUUGAUCAAAAUUUCUUUAUUUUUGCUUC